AAACAAAGAUGUUAUAUUCUAUUUUUGAAGGAUAAAAAUUAAAUCUUCAGUUAAUUUAACACUUGAAUAGAUGUAAAUAAUUAGUUUCUUGGAUAAAAUUUAACUAAAGGAUAAACUGACUGUUAAAUAGCAAGUCUAUAUUUAUUAUUUUUGAAGCACUUCUUGACUUAAAGGGUAAGCAAAAGAUUCUAUUAGUAAAUAACAACUUACCUAUUUUUCUUACAAAUGUUAUUUGAUUUUUGAUAACCCUUUAUUUAAUAUUUUUCAAUCGCAUUUUGUUAUCAUUCAUUAUAUAAAUAAAUAAGUAUAUAACAAAUGAGAAAUACAAAAUAAUAUAAAUUUUUAAAAAUGUAUAAUUGGUUGCCUACCAAACGAUGACCCACUUACUCUGCCAUGUUGUCAAAAUCAAAAAAAGGGCCCGAUUUUCGCCCUUAUGUUCACUUGCAAUAAGAUCAUCUUUCAAAGUGUGUUGUUAUUGAUUUCAAUCAAAGGGCCAAAGGGGUGGAUUAUCAAAGAUUCAAUAUACAUAAGAACUAUGUUAGCUGGAAAUUGUUGCUAAAAGGUUCUUAUGAUGUCAGCUGCUGGGACCCCGUCUACAGAUCCUUGGGUCAUAGUGGCUCGAGAAAGGGCCCGUUACGAAGAACAGUUCAAGUCCCUCAAACCUAAUAAUGGGAUUAUUACUGGGGAUCAGGCUAAAGGGUUCUUUUUCCAGAGCCAGUUACCACCUCUGGUUUUGGCACAGAUAUGGGCCCUAGCCGACACCGACGCAGACGGAAGAAUGGACGUCAACGAGUUCUCAAUCGCCUGCAAACUGAUCAACCUAAAACUGAGAGGCUUCGAAAUACCCAAAGGCCUCCCGCCUUCUUUGCUGGCCUCUUUAAAAAUCCACUCUGCCUCUACACCUCCAGCUAUACCACCUCUACCAAUCAACCAUCAACCUCCUGCUAGACCUGAACCACCCAAGGUUGCUCCAAUAACAUCUCUACCACCAAAACCAGCCUUCACAACCCCCACUCAACCAGUACGACCGAUACAACCAAUCCAACAACCGCUAUUGCCAGGCUUGGUACAGCCCCCCACUGGAAUAGUACAGCCUGUCAACAUGAUGGGAGUGGCAGUAUCCAGUGCUGGACCCAUAAUACCUACAAAUGUGGUCCCACCAAUGCCUACUAAUUUACCAUCUGACAUGCCAUCGUUGAUUGCAAGCCACAUAGGAGCUCCAGUAUCACCUGUAGGUUCAGCUGGAUCAAUUGAUUCCGAAUGGGCCAUCCCUCAACAAACCAAGUUGAAAUAUACUCAAAUGUUUAAUACAAUGGAUAGAACUAGGAAUGGGUAUUUGUCUGGAGCUCAAGCUAGGAAUGUUAUGGUGCAAACUAAGUUGGCCCAAGGGAUUUUAGCUAAAGUUUGGGCUCUUUCGGAUAUGGAUUCGGAUGGUCGGCUGGGGUGUGAGGAGUUUGUAUUGGCAAUGCAUUUGUGUGAAACUAUUGCGGCAGGUGCGCCCCUGCCUGUUAAGUUGGCACCUGAAUUGAUUCCGCCUUCGUUUAGAAGGACUGCUAGGACAGCUUCGAUUUCUAGUCAAGGCAGUGCCGUGCCUGUUGAUCAAGAUCCAGCUUCAACUUUGCUUCAAUCUUCAUUUGAAGAUAAACGCAAAGAAAACUACGAAAAAGGCCAAGCCGAACUGGAACGACGCAGGAAAACACUCAUGGACCAACAAAGAAAAGAGCGCGAAGAAAUCGAAAGAAAAGAGCGAGAAGAACAAGACCGUAAAGAAAAAGCUAGACAAGAAGCUGAAAGAAAACGCCUUGAAGAGUUGGAAAAACUAAUGCGCGACCAACAAGAAAAGGAAAAACUUAUGGAAGAAGAACGCAAAAGACAAGCGGAGCAACGCGAAGCCGCCCGGCGAGAAAUGGAAAGACAGCGCCAACUAGAAUGGGAAAAACAACGCUUGCAAGAACUCCAACAACAAAGACACCGCGAACAAGAAACCGUACUAAAACUAAAAGCCAAAAACCAAAGCUUAACAAUCGAACUUUCAACCUUAAACGAUCAAGUCAAAGACUUGUCUCAAAAAAUUUGCGAUACCAGAAUAGGAGUUUCCAACGUAAAAUCAACCAUCGACGGUAUGCGCAGUACUAGGGAUGUUCAAAUGCAAGAAAUGUCUCAAUUGAAGGCAAAAUUAAAAGACCAAAACGCCAAAUUGUUGGCUCUAAGUCAAGAGAAAAUCAAACUUGAAGCUAAAAAUAAAAUCAACACUCAUCAAGAUUCAGCUGAGCAAUCAAAGGCCUUCGAAAACAAAGAAAUCACCAUUAAAAAUCUCAAAGAAAAAGUCUUGGACAUUCAAACCCAAAUCAAUUCAAAACUUUCAGACAUUGAAAAUAACAAUAGUCAAUUAAACGAGUUGAAAAGCCACAUGACUUUGCUGAUUUCCAAUUGUGAAGGCCUGUAUACAAGAUACGAAGAAAAACGUAAUAAGGUUUUGGAAAUGAAAAACAAACCAGUUGAUGCCUGGAAAUCAAAUGAGGCAUGGGGUGACGAUAAUAAUUGGAACAAUACUGUUCCGGCUGAUAUUGAAAAUAUACCCGGAGUACAUAAAUAUAGAGCAAUUUAUGAAUUCAGUGCAAGAAAUAAUGAUGAGAUUUCUUUUCAACCUGGAGAUAUUAUACAUGUACCAGAACAGCAAACAGGAGAACCUGGUUGGUUGGCGGGAGAAAUUGGAGGACACACUGGAUGGUUCCCCGAGUCUUAUGUGGAACCAGUUGAUGGUGUUGGUAUAAAAGGUGCUACUGUGGAAGUGCAAGAAGUUGAACCAAUAAAAUUAGAGGCAGCAAAUGAAGUUCAAGAGAGUUUGGUGGUUGCCGCUGUUGUACCAGAACCUUUAGAUUCAGGUAAAUUUGUUUGGAAGUUGGAUGUUUCGCCCAAUUUACCAAUGGAAGAUGACUCGGCCGAAUACUACAUAGCAAACUACCCCUAUCAAUCGCAAGAGCCUGGAGAUUUAACAUUUAACGCCGGAGAUAUGAUUGCUGUAAUCAAAAAAGACGGUGAUUGGUGGACUGGAAAGCUAAAUGACAUUUCUGGAAUUUUCCCUAGCAAUUAUGUGCAAAAAGUAGAUAGUGCCGCUAAUGUAAUCACUCAAGCUCCAGUAGAAAAUUCUGGAGUCAGUGCCGCAGCUAUAACAUCAGCAUUGGAAAGCUACAAUCAAAUAGACAACGAAGUCUCAUUGAUAAACGAAAAUAAAUUUAUGGAAAAAUUCGAUGCAGCUUCUAUGGCUUCUAAUGCUCAAGACAGUGGAUUAGGGCCAGUAUUUCAAUGUCUCCUUGAGGUACAAGAUAACGAUAAGUUAUCCCUAAUACAACACUGUAUAUUAAAGUUUCCUUAA